CUUAAGCUGUCAGUGUCAACUGGUUGUCAAAGUAAUACAAGUGAUUACAGUGAUUGAGUAAAUUGUUUCUCAAUAGUUCUCAGGUUUCUUUCUAUAAAGAUGUCAAUGUCAUCAGCUGUUGAUGUUUGAAAAUAGCUAAUCUUUACGUGACGAUUGCAAGAUUAUAGACUCGUUGUCAAUUUACAACAAAAGCUAGGCUUCGUCCAAAGCUAAAAACCAUUAUGAGUACGUCGGCGGGCGGUGCAUAUAACUUUAAAGUCGUGUUGUUGGGCGAGGGAUGCGUCGGCAAAACGUCACUUCUGUUGCGUUACAUCGAGGACAAAUUCAACGACAAACAUCUUACUACGCUUCAGGCUACCUUCCUGAACAAGAAAAUAAAUAUAAACGGAAAGCGCAUUAACCUUUCCAUUUGGGACACAGCUGGGCAGGAGAAGUUCCAUGCACUUGGGCCAAUAUAUUACCGAAAUUCUAAUGGUGCAAUCCUAGUUUAUGACAUCACUGAUGAAGAUUCUUUUGUAAAGGUAAAAAAAUGGGUAAAAGAGCUAAAGAAAAUGCUUGGUCCAGACAUUGUUUUAUUGAUAGCUGGCAAUAAAAUUGACCUGGAGCAUGAGAGAACAGUGCCUCUCGAAGAAGCAGAAAGUUAUGCAGCAAAGGUUGGUGCUAAACAUUUCUACACAUCUGCAAAAUUAAAUGAAUGUGUAGAGGAUCUUUUUUUGGAGCUGACUCGUGAAAUGGUUGAAAAAUUUGAACAGAACUCCCAGCAGGAAGAAAACAGAACUUCUCGUGUCCUAGUGGUUGAUGAUGACGCUCCUGCACAAUCUUCUUGUUGUGCGGGCUCCAGAAGUAAUUAACCAUUCUUUGUCACUUGUGGACAAUAACUUAAUGUCUCAGCUUGUUUUUAGUAUAAAAAAAUAAUUAUAUUAUGAUUGAAUUUAACCUUUUGAAUGCAAUAUGAUAACAAACAUCUCUUUGUUUGAAGACAUUAAACUCAUAUUUCAUAUGUAGUCAUUUAAAAGCCUGAAAAAGUGAAUAUUUGUAAGUUAUAAUGCAAUUUAAUUUUAAAUUAAAUUUACUUUACUGACAUAUUUUUGACUAGUGAUUUCUUUUAUCAUUAAAUUAUUACACUAAAUGAAAUGAUAAACAUGCAUUUACAAUGCAUUAAAUCUGGUUGUAAGGAUGUCAUGACAUGUCAUCUAUUUGUUGAUGUCUAUUUUCUAUUUUAUCAAAGUGAUAAGCUAAUAAUGUGAAUGCAAAAGAAUUUAUAUACUUAUAUCCAAAUGCGAACAAAUAAAAAAAUACUUAUAAGCUAUAUCUUUGAAUCUUUGUUACAUUUACAAUUAUAUGUAUUGUUAUGAGUGAUAUAUUUACGUAAACAUCUACCUACUCAGUAGAUUUGAAUGCUCCACUUUAGAUCCGCGUUUUUUUUUUAAAUCAUAUAUAUGAAAACUGUUGUAGGAAUCAUUAAUAUUAGCAUAUACAUUACAUAAGGUUAUUGUAAUAUAAAUAUUUCAAAUAAACAAGGUUUAACAGUCAA